CUCUGCGCCAUUUGCACGCGGAGGUUGUCUCGUAAAUGAAUCGUAACAAUUGACUUUAUUUUUGUAAAAUUAUUGAUUCAAAUGAAUAACUUGUGACCUAUUACUAUGCAAAAUGGCUGACUGAACCAGGAAUGUAGAAGUUGCGUUUGUCUGUCCAAGUGUAUUCGUCUAUCCAUAAUACAUUGUGUACUAGCAGUUAGCCUUCCCGACCCACAAGUGCUGAUGGUGUUCCACACAACACCGGCGUGUACGUCCUAUUGUGUACCAUGGUUGUCAACACAUCAAGCCAAUGUCGGCCAGACAGAUGGAACAACACCGGCCGCGCAAAAAACGCGAAUAUAAAUGCGACGAAUGUGACAAGGUGCUGACUACGUCUGAAGGCUUGAACAUUCAUCGACGAAUUCAUACUGGGGAAAAGCCCUAUUCAUGUGAAAUAUGCGGACAUGCCUUUAGUCGCAAGUGGAACUACACGUGUCAUGUUAAGGGCUGUAAAAAACGUGAAGCUCAACGUUCAGAUUGCCACACUAAUAGUGUUGACCCCGCUGCCACCGGGAAACUGUGGCAGGAACAAUUCCUGAAAUCUCAUAAACAAAAGCAUGUUGAGGAUCUCGGUGUAGCAAAUACUGAUAGUGACAGUGUUAACAAUGAAAUUGUGACCGAAAAGGUCAGUGUUGAUGAAAUUUCUCAGGAAAAUGUGUUAACAAAUGGACCUAGCUCUGUGAGUAAGAGGCCAUAUCAACCCCAAACAGAGGGACUGAGAAUCCCUCUGAGAAUAAAUAUUCCAUCCUGUGAGGAACUGAAUGCUGAUGAUAGUGGUGUAAAUAUUCCUUCUUUUGACGAUACCUCGCAACCCAUCGAUCUGUCCAUUAUUCCACAAUCUGCUGCUCAAGUCAUCCCCAAACGUCUGUCUCCUGUAACUCGUGAAGUCGCUGCGCGACAUAAUCCAGUGAAAUCUGUGGUCUCUUCAACCGACAAUACAUCAUCUAGUUCAGUGACUUUUCUUACAUCCAUCGGAAACGUUUUGGCAGCUCAACCGUCUUUGCUUAAUGUGAGCUCAUACAGUGUAAGUCCUCCUGUGCGACUGAUUAAGAAUUUACCCCUGUCAGUGAUUGGCCAAGCAAAAGAAACCAUUUCAAUUCAGACAAAACCAAUUACCUCUUCCAUUUCUCGGAUUAUUGUGGUAAAUCAAGGAAAACAGCUUUUCACUUACGAAAUUCCAAUAAUCAGCAAAGACAUAAAUCAAUUAAAGCCUGAUGCUCAUACAUGUAAAACAAUUGAAAUUCCAAAUGAAUCUGAAUAUGAAGAAAGCAUUCCCACUUUGUCUAAAGUUACUGAUGAUAAUGAUCUGGAGCGGUUUGAACAAAUAGCAUCGCAAGAAAAGUUGUUUGAAAGUUGUAGUUCAGUGGAAAGUAUAUUUGAUAAAGGUGACUUAGAAGAGAACUACACUGUCGAAGGUAUAGGUGCCAUUUGUGAAAGUUUAGAAUCCGUGGAUAACAGUAUAGAAGCUAUAAGUGAAAGACUGAAUGCGGUAGAUGAUAAUUUCGAAGCACUUAAUGAGGACAAGUUUAUUGCCAGUGAUAAUUUUGAUUCGUUAACUGCCGCAAAAGAGAAACUGGUCUCUUGUGUUUCUGGUUCAGAUGAAAUAGAUGGUGAUAUACCUGGCAUAAACACUGACUCUGAUGAAGUGGAAGAUUGUGACCAAGAAUCCCAAGAUUGCUCAGUGGUUAAGAUUGAAAAGUUCUUAGGUGAAGGCAAUCUAGAAAAUACCAAGGAAGGUGACAUUGUGAAUCAAAAGUCUUCCUGUAUGACACUUAGGAACAGGGGAAAUAAGUCGUUCAAAAAAUUGAAUAAGAUAAGACGGGAGAUUUUAAAUGGUAGUUUUGUCCGUGAAAUAGAUGGUAAUGAUGAUGAGAACUUUGUGAAAGAGAAGACUCCCGUUAAGGAAAUAAAGAUAACUGAGAAUAAGGAGGUGAUUUUAAUCAAAGAACUUGUUGAACAAAGACGGAAAAAGAAGGAAUUGAAAGAUGAUCUAAGUGAGGCUGAUUUUGAUAAGAGUGUGUGUACUGAUUCUGAAGGGGUAAAGUACAGACAGAGGAAGAUUGUUCAGCAGAAACUUGUGCCUGAAAACGGGUUUGAAUGCAAGGUAUGUGGGAAAGUACUGACUACUCCCUAUGGUCUUACAAAUCAUUUAAUGGUACAUGAAGGCCAGAAGCCAUUUAUUUGUAAGAUUUGUAAUCAUGCCUUCACCAAACAGUGGAACUUGAAAACACAUUUGCAGAACCGACACAAAAUUGAACCGACGAAAGCGGACCUAGAACCAACGUUCCCUGUGAAAUACCCUUGUAAUGGUGUGAAGAGAAAAAGAGCAAGAAAGGCUGAUGAGUUAAGUGAAACUAACUCUUCCGGACAGGAGUUUGACUCAGAUGGUCUGGGGUUGUCUGAUGGGAGUUUAAAUCUGAAGAAAAUUAAAGUCGAGAACUUUUGUUUUCAAACUUCUGUUAGUAACGACUGCCUUAAAUCAGAUCUUAGUAAAGACUUUAAUCUCGGGAAUUUGAACAGUGUUACAAGAGGUGAAAUAGUAGUUAGUGAUAGUCGAAGGAAGUUUGCAAAUGAUGAACUGAUUGAUAAAUAUUUGCAAGGGUCUUACAAUGAAAUUGACAUUGAAAGCAAUUCAUUAGAUGGUUCUGAAGGUAAUAUUUUUGAUCUAGAUGAGGAUGAUUUCUUAGAAAUCAAGCAGUUGGAAACUGAUGUGGAUUUAGAGACUAUGGUAAAUAAAGGUUCAGUAAUUGUUCAAGAGGAAACAAGUGUAAAUGAGAAUUUAGUCGACAUGGCAAACAUGGCUCAUGAAAAUGGAGAAGUAGUGUCUGAAAGUUGGAAUUUAGAAGAAUCAGGGAAGUAUAUAAAAAUGAAUGGAACUACUGAAGUUGCUGUGUGUGUUACGAAAGUUGUAGGAAAUGGGGAAGUUCUUGGUAAUGCUUUUGAAAGUAAAAGCAACAUAUCCCACGAAAUGAAACCGGAUUCAAGUCAGGUAGAGACUAAUCAAAAUUGUGAAAGACAUGAUAGGUCAGUGUGUAACAAUGAAGCAAACUGUGGUGCUGAUUCAUUGAGGGAUUCUUACAAAAGUAACCUAGAAUGUGCUACUGAAAAUAUCAGUGAAAAUAAGCAGAGUGAAUCUGAGGUACAUAAUGUGGAAAGCAGUGUUGAUGAGAAAGUAGUAAUUAAGGACACCAGUGUUGUGGAAGGUGUCAAAGAACCUGAAAACACAAAUUUAGAAUCUUCACAAAUUGCUGCUGCACCAGAUACAGUAGUGGCUUCAUCAGCCAGUAAAAGCUUUAGUGAUGACACCUUGAGCAAUCUGGAUAGGAUAAUAAACAGUGUUGCCUCAGGGGAAGCGGAGGUAACCAUGAAGGACCGAACACUACAGGGCAGUUUCGCAAACAGCACGUCUUCCAAUGAACACAGAACUGAUCUCAGCUCAUCAUCCGGCCGCCACACGUUAGCCCAUGACCGCUCUGGCCAUCCUUUCUACCAUUCAAACUCCAGUCUUCCCCCACCACCCCCAUAUCAUCCACAUGCUGUGGGUGGACUUCCGUAUCAUUAUCAAGACCCUAAAGGUCACGGGCAGACUAGCCCUGCUCAUUCUCAAUCCGGUCCAUCUCUCACCGCCCAUGGGCAUUCCGGUCUUCAUCCUAUGCUCUCAUCUCAACCAUCCAACCAGCAUCAAAAGAUGGCAGAGUUUCCGCCCAAUUAUCCAGGAAAUCUGAACGCUCAGUAUGUUGCAAGUAUAUAUGAAGCUCAGAAAUAUCAGCAGCAGAAGUUUCAGCAGCAGCAGCAGCAUUUGGCUGACCUUCAGCAGCACCAGGGCUCUUCCCAGCAAUAUUUUUCUGGCGACACUAGUGGUGAUGUGAUGGAGAUAACUGGUAAAGAUGGAAAACCACUGUUUGAAUGCACUGUGUGUGGAAAAAAGCUGACAAGUAAGAAUGCACUGGAAACGCACAUGAGGACACACACUGGGGAAAAACCUUUUGAAUGUCCAGUUUGCAGUAAGAAAUUUGCAUUUAAAAGCAACUGUACGAGACACAUGGCAACACACAAUCAGAGUGGUGGGAAGGUCAAAGGUCAGGACGGCACGGAAGGAUGUGCUGAUGGUUCUAGCUACGAUGAUCAGGAGGUGGAGAAGGAGCCACUGGAGGAUGGCUCAGACAUGGGAAUGGACACAGGGUUUCCUCCACAUGCUCAGGGGGCUGGGUCGGGCAUGUUGCCGCCUAUGCAUACAUUGUUACAUUCAGCCCACAAUAACAGCGUGCCUUUAAGCUCCAAUCAAAACCAGGGAUAUGGCAGCGGUAGUUCGUCUCACAGCAAGACUCCGAAUCAAAGUCCACAGCCUGAGGCCAAUACGAGCCCAUACGCUGAAUAUCCACAGGGUCAUCCAGGCUUUUAUUCAGGAAUGUAUGACCAAUAUCAGCAGCAAAAUUUGCACAAGUAUGGCAGCAAUGCUUUCAUGCCUCCUACUAGCCCUAUGCAAAACCAAAUGCCUCCCUACAGCAGUGAAUAUGCACAGAGCCUGAGGCAGCCUUACGGAAGUUCAAAUGUUUCUCAACAGAACUCAGUGCCUGGUGGACAUGGUGACACGAUGUCACCAUUUCCAGGUCAGGGCCUCUCACAUGAUCAGACGACCCCUCAGUCCAUGAUGGAUUACGCCACCGAUCCCAUGGCCCUUAAGCAGAAGGCUCGGUCACAGAAAGAAUUCACGGGAGAGCGUAAACAUCCGACGAAAUACUGUGAUAUCUGCAAGAAAUCCUUUUCGGCAAGCUACUACACCAACCACAUGAAGAUGCAUCGAGGCAUAAGUCCGCACAUCUGCAAUUUAUGCAACCAGGUGUUCUCCCAGAAGUUCAGCCUUACGAGGCACAUGGAGAACAUCCACAAGACCAAGUAUGAGAAUCCACCCGGCCACACCAGUCGACCUGGUCGUCCACCACUCGUGUCUAACCAGUCAUCUGAUGGAGCCUCGUGUAGCUCACAGGGGCUUCCAGCUGUUUUUGCGCCAAAGUCUGAAUCAAACGAUGACAUGGAUGGGUUGCAGAGUCCACCAAUAGCGCACACCACUGUGAAUAGCAGCCCUGACCAUGCCAGUUUCCAUUCAAGGUUGUCCACUGGGGCUAUGGCAGAGGAAGAAACCAUGGGGGUCAGUCAGUCCAAUGGUGUCCACUAUUCUGGCUCAGACAGCAGCUGGUCUAUUCAGCACCCACCACUGCAGUCCUCAUUGGAAUUUCAAGCUUAUCCAGCUGAUGCUCAAAACGCAUCAUUAUCCACUGAGCAUCAAAACGAGAACUAUCCCAGCUACGAUCAACUUGGAAGGCCUGUGCAUCAGAUGUCACAGCAGAUGUCACUAGAAGAAACGGAACCCAUAGAAAACAUGGCCCUACCAGCUGGUGCAGAAAAGGGUAAAAACGUACAUGUUUGCUCUGUAUGUAACAAAACCUAUUCAUCCUCUGCGACUUUGAAGGCUCAUCAUCGUCUUCACACGGGUGAGAAACCUUUUGUGUGUCAAUUCUGCCAGAAAUCCUUUACAUUCAAGGGAAACAUGAAGCAGCAUGUUGCUAAGCAUCACAAGGAGGCCGCUGAGCAGGCAGGCAUCUCGUUCCACACCACUGACAACUCCAAUGACGGCUUCCCAAGCGGGCCAAAAACACCAAAGAAAGAGAAGAAAUCUCCUGUCUCAUCCAGUCCAAAGUACAAUUUUGGUCCUUCUCCCGGGAUGUCUCCCUAUGAGGUUCAGUCCCAGAACUACAAAGGCUACACAAGCCAGCCCCUGCCCAGCAUGUUUACAGUGAAGUCGGAACCAGAGCAGUUUGCGAGCAUGAAACCGUCCAUGUACAAUUAUCAGAGCCCAUCCCCGCAUAGCAGUCUGUCGGGCACACCUCCGCGGUUGUAUCCCACUCCACCUCCUCAGAGCUUUGGUGGGAGUCCUGCAAAGUCUCUACAAUCAGUGUAUUCGUAUGGGCCAAUUAAUCCAGGCAUGUACGCAGGAUUUCCAACAGACAGGCCUCCGUUCCCUGCCAACUUUCCGCAUCUGUUGAACUUUACCGGUCACCCAGGGAAUGUCAAGAUGGAGUACCCACCACCUGCUAUUAGCGUAAGCAGCGAUACUCACGACACUGACAGUCUUCCACCGCAGAUCGCUAAUGCUGUCCUAGGAAUGCAACAGGAGGGAUUGGGGUCUGGGGAAUGGCCAGACUUCCCUGGCCAGGUGAAUGAUGACAAAGGUGCUAUGGCUGGUGCAGAGCAUGAAGCUAGUCUCGGAGAGCUGGAGAAGAACGUAACACCGUUCCAGGCUCAAGAUUCUAUCCCAGUGUCAAGUCAUGCGGAGAGCUAUCUUCCAGAACUGGGGCAUAAUAUGAGCAGCGAAAAAAGCUAUCAUGGUGUCAGCCAUCCUGGUGAUGCAGUUUCAUGCUUGUCAACUCAUUCUGUCUCUACCCCUAAGGCUCUACCUGGAAUAGAUUCUCUAGCUGGUCACAUUGCAUCUGGCCACCGAUCAGAUGAUGGAGAGCAGCUUUCGAUGGAUCUAGAAGAUCACCCAUUGGUCAAACCCCUGUCUUCUUCUGUUGGUGGUGAUGCGAGUGGACUUGUUGCUCCAGAUACUCUAAUGGGUUCCAAUCCACUGCUUUCACCUAAGAACUCCAAAAGCAUCAUCUGUCCGAUUUGCAACAAAGAGUUGGCCUAUUCGAGCUCACUGUCUACCCACAUGAGAGUUCAUACUGGCGAAAAACCCUUCGAAUGUGGCCUCUGCAAGAAGUCUUUUGCCCAAAGAAGCAACCUGAACACGCAUGUCAAAUCGUGUAGAAAGAAAUUGGAAAAGGACGACCCCAUGGCAUUAGCUGGUCUCUCCCAGGGCUCAAACUCGAGCUUGGCUCAGUUUUCUGGUAGUGAAAACUCCCAAGAUCUGACAGUUUUGGGCGGCCGUGGGAUAACAGAUGAGACCAUGGGCUCUGUCUCAAGGCUACCAAGUUUAAGUAGCGACGUGUCCACAAACUACGAUGUUGCCAUGGAUCUCUCACAGCAGCACCAAGCGGCGCACUCACAGCCACAGGGUGUGUUCCACUCUGUUCCCCAUGAAUACCAUGGUUACAGGGGUAUGGACAGUGCAGGGCUACACACCAGUAUGUCCAGGGAGUACCAGGGAUACCCCUCCCCUCCAGUGUAUCCAGCCCCAUCUAUGGCCCACAGUGGAAGCAUGCUGAGUCCACCCUUACCACAGGGCUACCCUCACCAGUACAGCUACGGCAGUGCCAUGUCAUCAGCUUCAUUUGUUAGCAAUACCAUCUCCACUCUUAACUCCACUCCACUACCAUCUAUCAGCAAUCUUUCUACCGCAACUGCUACAACAAGCACUGGAAACAGGCUACCUAACUUCUUCAGCGUGUUUUCCAACAGAAGCGAUCCGUCCAAUCUUGAGCUUUCAGAGGAGCCAUUGUUUGACACAAAAUUCCAGGACCUUCCUACAGACAUGAGCACCCACUCUACAUCAGUUUUACCUCUCUUAGCCCAUACCUACAAAGACGAGCUGGCACCAAAGCCAACAAUACCAAAAGAAGAGAGUAAGCUCUUGACUCUGGAACAUAUCAGCAAGUCUGGGACAAGUUCCAUGACAGCAGGUCAUGAACGCUCAGUCUCGUCCGGUGAUGUGACGCCUUCAAAAAUCACCAAGCAGGAUGCAGCGAAGCGACGAACAGCAGUCCGUGCCAUGUCUGAGGAGGAUCGUAUCGCCCAUCGUACCUGUCCUCAUUGCAAGAAGGUGUUGUCCUGUCUGGCGGGUCUGCGUCAUCACAUGAGGAUCCACACUGGGGAGAAACCAUACAAGUGUGGGCUCUGUGGUAAACGCUUCUCUCAGAAGUGUAAUACUCAUACGCACAUCAAGUCCUGUUACAAACAGAAGCUGAACAAGGGUUUACUGCCUGAGCAUUUGGUUGAUAAAGCUGAACCCGAAAUCUACGCAAUACUUACACUAGAAGAGGAAGGCGCUAAGGAUUCCGUAUCAAGGAUGAGCCUGACGAAUGAUGCUUCAGACGAGUCUAAAACGGGUGACUUGGAGGACAGAGUGGAUAUUGUCAGUCGGACUGGAGGAAACGGGGACGGGAAAAGUAAUACAGAUCUUGUCAAGGAAGCCCUUAUGGGCAUAAUUGAUGAACGGAAGACUAGAAAUGACGGGGAUUGCAGUUCGGAAGGUUCACGGUCACAAUCACCAGAACUGAAUGAAAGUUAUGUGGGUAAAAAAAGCUUUGAUAAUGUCGACGGAGGAGAGACACCAAAGAAGUUGAAAAAGGCGUACAAAAAGUACGGUAUCGAUAGCGGUUACAAGGCACGGCAAUGCUCUGAAUGUAACACGGAGAUAACUGGAUCACCAAGUUCGAUGUUGCAUCAUAUGAGGACCCAUACUAAAGAGAAGCCAUACCUCUGUGACUACUGCUGCAGACCUUUCUCUAUGAAGUUUUCACUCAACAGGCACAUACUGGCCAUUCAUGGAGAGAACCGACAUGGACGCAAGAGCAAGGAGGAGGUUGCAAGGAAUGGGAAGAGAAAAUUGAAUUUGAAUGAUGAAACUAGCGCGGAUACCAGUGAGGCCAAGGUUCUUAAAAAUAAUGAUAGUGACAUAGCAAUAAUUGAGGGUCAUGAUAGAAGUGGUAGUAAUGAGGAAUGUAAUGCAAAGGUUUCACAUGCAAUGGAGAAGGCAGGAGAUGAUAAUUCCGAUUUUAAGGAAACUGUCAAGAGUGUGAUUGAAAACGUUAAGGCUGAAAUUAAUUCAGAAAAGAUUGAAAAUGAGGUAAUGAACAAAGAAGAAACUGUCGGUAAGGAGUUUGAUUUGAAUAAAAGUGUUAAAAACAAGAAGAAUUUAGUUCUUGUCGAUGAAGCCACAGUGAAUUCUAUGGAGAUUGUGAAAAAUGGAUUAAAACACUGUGAGUACUGCGAGCGUGAUUUUGCCCGUCCACAGCUUUUGUUAGCUCACAUGAGGCAGCACACGGGGGGAGAAAAACCAUUUAAAUGUGUCAUGUGUGACAAGACGUUCUCCUACAAGGCGAGCCUGAAGAAUCACUUUGAGAAGCACAAGGCGGAGAUGUACCAAUGCAAUGUGUGCGAGGAGCUUUACACUACCGAGACCGAGCUCGCUGAACAUUCUGUCAGUCACUCAUGGGAGGACUGUCCUGACCUGGAUGUGUUAUAGUGUCAUUUUCUUACUUACCGUACUGCAUUUUUUUCAUAGACUUUCUUAGACUUUAUAGUUGUUGUUGUUAUGAUUUUAUGUGGCUUUUCUGCUGUUGGUUGGUAGUUCCUACCAAACCUUUUUUAUGAUUUUAGAGAGAUUUGUAUACACACACCUAUAUAAUGGUAUCAUUGGAAUUAAGCUUUUUUAGCUGUUCAGUAUCACCAUGUCUGCAUGAAGGGGUUUGUACUAUGUAGAUGAAUUGUUUAUCAGUUUAUGUGAUUUUGGUCUCUCGGCUGCUUAAUUUCUCAGUAGUUUUUAAGAUUGAUUGUUGUACAAUAUUUUAACCUUGAUCAAAAUUGUAAUGAUCUUAAAAUGCAUUUGCCUUGACAAGUCUGAACAAAAUUAAACAGUAAAAAAUAUGCAAUUUUUUAUUCCUGUUUCUUUAACUUCUGUGCGACGUUCACAUUUUGGGAUAUGAGGUAAUAUUAUGCAAAAACACCAUUUUACGUGUUGCAAAAAAAAUUAUUGCUAUGUUCUUGUUUGGCAUACAUGUAGAGUUGUAAAAACAUAAUUGCUUAUAUGAUUCGGCUAUUGCUCAAACUGUGGUGUUUCAUUUAUUUUCAUAAAAAAUUUCAAAUAUUUGUCUUGCACGUUUUAAGAAAUGUGUGUAUAUUCGCUUCUUUCAUCUGUUGCAAUUUCAUGAAAUUGAAAACUAUUUUUAAUAAGUCAGUAGUCAUUACUGCUUAGAAUUUAUAAACAGGGUGGUAUUUUUGCUGGCUUUUAUAUUAAUGCCCCCUAAGAAGAAGAGGGGGUAUAUUGUUUUGCACAUGUCAGUCCGUCCGUCCACCAGAUGGUUUCCGGAUGAUAACUCAAGAACACUUAGGCCUAGGAUCAAGAAACUUCAGAAGUACAUUGAUCAUGACUCGCAGAUGACCCCCUAUUGAUUUUGAGGUCAAGGUCACGGUGACCCGAAAUAGUAAAAUGGUUUCCGGAUGAUAACUCAAGAACGCUUAGGCCUAGGAUCAUGAAACUUUAUAGGUGCAUUGAUCAUGACUCGCAGAUGACCCCUAUUGAUUUUCAAGUCACUAGGUAAAAGGUCAAGGUCAUGUUGACCCGAAAUAGUAAAAUGGUUUCCGGAUGAUAACUCAAGAACGCCUAUGCUUAGGAUCAUGAAACUUCAUAGGUACAUUGAUCAUGACUCGCAGAUGACCCCUAUUGAUUUUCAGGUCACUAGGUCAAAGGUUAAGGUCACAGUGACCCAAAAUAGUAAAAUGGUUUCCGGAUGAUAACUCAAGAACGCUUAUGCCUAGGAUCAUGAAACGUCAUAGGUACAUUGAUCAUGACUCGCAGAUGACCCCUAUUGUUUUUCAGGUCACUAGGUCAAAGGUCAAGGUUACGGUGACCCGAAAUGGUAAAAUGGUUUCUGGAUGAUUACUCAAGAACGCAUACGCCUAGGAUCAUGAAACUUCAUAGGUACAUUGAUAAUGACUCGCAGAUGACCCCUAUUGAUUUUCCGGUCACUACGUCAAAGGUCAAGGUCACGGUGACUUUACACAGUAAUAUGGUUUCCGGAUGAUAACUCAAGAAAGCUUACGCCUAGGAUCAUGAAACUUCAAUGGUCAUUGAUCAUGACUUGCAGAUGACCCCUAUUGAUUUUCAGGUCACUAGAUCAAAGGUCAAGGUCACAGUGUCAAAUAACGUAUUCACACAAUGGCUGCCACUACAAUUGACAUCCCAAAUGGGGGCCAUGCAUGUUUUACAAACAGCCCUUGUUUUCUUUUGUAUUAUUUUCUGGGAAAAAAAAACAUUCAGCGUGUUUUUUUUCUGAACAAAUGUUUGUUAACUAAUAAACUAUAUUAUAAAUGUUUGUAUUAGUAUUUUUGUAAGGAAACAUUUUUUGGGUAUUAAACAUUGUAAGCUUUCUGUCAUUUCAAGAACUUUUCCACAUUUCUUGCAGUGUUGCAUGAAUACAUGAAUUGUAAUUUGAGCCAAUGGAUUUAAUAGUCAAUGGAUUUGACUGUUUGUUUUUUAUGGUAAUUGUUUCAACUUAUUAAUGGUUGUGAUCAGUGGUAUUUGAUGGCUCAACAUUUGUGUCUUUGUCUUCGGUUAAUUUUUUAUAAGGUUACAUUUUCAAAGCAUGAAGCUAUUUUGGCUUCAACAUGAUUCAGAAUUUGUAUAUCAAGGCUACUGAUUUAUGCACAUGGGUAUCAGUUUCAGGUUUUGCAUUUAUUGUCCCCUACUGGUGAAACCGGAGGGGACUUAUGGUUUGCACUCUGUCUGUCAGUCAGUCAGUCAGUCAGUCAGUCUGUCUGUCACACUUUUCUGGAUCCUGCAAGAACUUUAAAAGUUGUUCAUAUUAUUUCAUGAAACUUGAAACAUGGAUAGCUGGCAAUAUGGAGAUUAUGCACAUCAUUUCAUUUUGUUCCUACGUCAAGAAUUCUGGUUGCUAUGGCAACAAAAAAAAUAAAUUCUUACAAUGAUGGAGUUUCACCGGUAGGGGACAAUAUUGCUCAGCAAUCUCUUGUUUAAUAUUAAGCUUUUUUAUUUAUAAAAUUCAUUCUGCUCAUUAAAAAAAUAUCUUGAUCACAAAAACAGCGAAAUGCAGGGCCCAUAUACUUACAAAAUGUAAAAAAAAAUUUAAAUAUUUGUUUAGUUACAUUUGCUUACUUAAACAAACGAGUCUCUUUAGAAUGAAGUCCGCUUAAGAUCUAAAAUAAUUUGCUUUUUUAAGAGUGCAAUGUACUUUUGAAACAUUUCUGUCAAUAAAUAUAUCACCCCUUGGGUGAAAAAAGGUACUAUCUGACAUUGAAAUUAGAAGGCACAUGGAACCUUUUUGCACCAAUGGGGCGAAAUUAAAUUUGCUGGGUUUAAAUGAUUUGAAUUCAGACUUCUUUCCUGAAUUUUAUGUUAACUUAACUUGAUUUGAACACUUAAAGUAUUUUCCUAUUACAUGUAAUUGAAUCAAACUGACUAGAAAAUAUAUUUCUCUAUAUGAUCGGAAACAUCUGUUACAUAGAGGGCAAAAAGAAAUAAGCUACUGUAACUAGGUUUCAAAAUUGCUGUGGGCUUUGUUAAACAAUUGUUGAUGUAGAAUGAAGAAAAUAAACAUAUUUUAGACAAUAUAUCACCCCAUUGGUGCAAAAAGGUACCAUGUGCCUUCUUUUUUUCGAUUUCACAUGGUAACUUUUUGCAGCCAUUGGGCAAUAUAUACUACUGGAUUCAUUUAAGUCUAUAUUGUUAUACUGUUGAGAAUAAUUAAUAUAGAUACAUUUUGUAGGUGCCAAUAGUGCUUAUGAUUUGGGUCAAGUUCAUUACAUAUUACCUUUGCUCAUUUUUAUUGAGAUAUAUUUAGAGAUCAUAUGCUUGAAAUGUAUAACAUGCAGUAAAAAUAAUGUUGAUAAAUUAUUGCUAUGUAUAGGUAUAUAUCCUUACUAUUUAACCCUUUCAGUGCGGAACCGAAUUUUGAAGGCUUUUGCAAACAGUUUGGAUCCAGAUGAGACGCCACAGAACGUGGCGUCUCAUCAGGAUCCAAACUGUUUGCUAUUCUGAUAAUAUUCUUUGAAAAAAAAAAAAGAAAAUGCUAAUUUUAGAAAUUCAGCAGACGAUAUUUUAGCAGAAGACAAAUUUCCCAGCAUGCAAAGGGUUAAAGGGUUAACACUUGUUAGGGCAGAUUGUUCAUUUACCCUGGGGUUUAUUUCAUUAGAAUUACACUUAUAGUCUUAUAGGGCUUCAAAGAAGUGCCUCUUUACACAAAUCAUCACCAAGCAUAAUUAUGUCAUCGCGGGCUAUGUAGCCGUUAAAUCUUGCACUUGUAGUUCUCAUGAUAUUAGGUCAUAAUUCACACGUCUUUUUUCCAUGGUGCAUUGGUUAUAUCUCAUUUAGAUGUGAACGAAAGUUAUUCAAUUGCAUUUAGACAUUAUUUUUUCCUGCCUUUUUUUUUAUUAUUUACAUAUCACAUGUGGAGUUUUAAUUUAGGUUUAUUCCAAAAAUGAAUUUCUGAUGUUGAGUGUGUAAUUAUUGUUUCAUUUUACAUGUCUCUAUUAUCUGUUACAAUAUUUUCACGAUCUACACUCAAUUUGUUGAUUGUUAAAUGAGUGUGAGUGGACACAUUGUCUUUUAAUUUUUGAUUUAACCAUUUUAUUGUUUGUUUUACAAUUUUUUAAUCAAAUUAGUUACUGUUACUUCUUGACUACUGUAGAAAUCAAUGUUUUGGUGGAAGUUUUUUGAAACAGGUUAUUCUCUCUUUAUGUAAUCAUGCGUUUUGGUUUUGCUUUAAAAGUAAUCAGAAUUCUAGUUAGCCUUUGCCUUUUAAGUGUGAAAAACAUACCUUAGUACAUCAACAGAAAGGUUAUAUUACUAAUUAAUUUUAUAUAAGAAAUUUUUUUUUAAUAUGUAAUUAUUAUAUGAUUAUUAACUAGCAAAAUGAAUUAUUUUCACUCAAAUGAGAAAGCGAAUCUUCUUAGUGUUAUUUGUCAAUUAAUUUUGUAUUGCAAUUAAAUUUCUAAAAAAAUCAUGGUAUAUUUUUGGAAACGUUAAUACUUAAAACACGAGGGUACAGUUUUGUACCUUUAACCCUUUCAGUGCGGGAACCGAAUUUUGAAGGCCUUUGCAAACAGUUUGGAUCCAGAUGAGACGCCACAGAACGUGGCGUCUCAUCUGGAUCCAAACUGUUUGCUAUUCUGAUAGUAUUCUUUGAAAAAAAAUGAAGAAAAUGCUUUUUUUACAAAUUCAGCAGACGACAUUUUAGCAGACGACAAAUUUCCCAGCAUGCAAAGGGUUAAAUACUUUUCAAUACCACGGCAGUGUGUGCAGUCUAUUUUAUAAAUGCCGCAGUACAUAUGUUUUGUGUAUCUGAGACGAUGUCAUUAUGCAAACUAUUUAUUGUGUGAUUGCUUAUUUUACAUAGCAUGGACUUUAUACCAUAGAUUUUUGUCUAUUUAAGACACAUUGCAGAAAGAUGUACAGAUUUCUUAGUAGCAGUUUUUGCAAUAAUUUAUUUUCUCUCUCUCCUCUUACUACUUUGUACCCUGCCCUGUAGAACAAUUCAGUAAUCCUUAUGUCUAUGUUUCACGUAUUGUAACAAAUAAUACUUGUAGCAGCAAAAACAUAACUUCUAGCUGCUUUUGCAUUUUAUAUGAGUAUGUUGUUAAUGUUGUUUGGUAAAUACUUUAAAUAGGUCUGUAAAAGAGUCGUGUUUUGGGAAAACUGGGCUUAAUGCAUGCGCCUAGUGUCAUCCCAGAUCAGCCUGUGCAGUCUGAGUCCAGUAGUUUUCUCAUUGUAUAUUUAUGUGCUUCUGACACUGCAUGCUUUCGAUGAAAACAAUUCUGACCAGUAUAGUCAGUAAAUUAUGCAUUUCUCCUUGUAAUCUAUGUUUGUUAGUCUGUCAAAAUAUUUUAUUUUGAGUAUUUAUGUAUGCCUUUGAUAGAUUUUGUAAUAUUUUAUUAACCUCCCAUGUGUGUUUUAUGUUUCAAAGAAUAUCAUUUAAAGUUUCUCUCAUAUGAACAAAAUGGACAUUGAAUUUCAUUUUCUUCAAGUCAUUGUAAAUGGUACUGCAAAUAGAGUGGUUUUCAUUGAAUGUACAAAAAGCUUUUCUGUAAAUACAUACAAAAAAUCAUAUUUUUAUUAUUUUAUGUACAAAGUAUGUAAUUGUUUAUAUACAAGCUUAUAGUUUCUAUGGACAUGCCAUAGAGUGUUUUUUACUCUCUUAAUAUUAUAUUCUAAACAUUUUAUAAUACUAAUUAUUCGAUUAUGAGAUCUGAAUACUAAUUAAAACAUAGGACAAACA